AUGUGUAAAUACGACAAUAGACAAGGUGACUGCAGUUUCUAUCAAAAAGAAGGUAGUUCACACGCGCUUGUUACCCAGAAGAGCGCCACGACGCCACCUAGGUGUGAAGAUGUCCGGAUACUUCGUCGACAUGGAACUAAGCCCGGACUGAUGCAAGAAAUGCAUUAACGGGUUAUCGAUGAUGAGUGGGACAUGUCGGGGCCUGCCUGCCCUAAAUAGCCAUUGCGAGACGGCUGUGUAUAUGUGCGUGUGUGUUCGAGAGUGUCGUAUCUCACUC